AUUAAAUCUAAAAAUAAUUAAUAUAUAUAAGUAUAUAAAUCUAUUUUGGAUAUCCAAAAUACUUCGGUUCAGAUCGGAUUAGGUUUCGAUUCUUCAAAUACCAAAAUUUUGAAUAAUUCAAAUAUUUAAUCAAUUUCGAUUCGUAUUUGGUACUACUUAUUCGGAUUGAGAUCGGUUCGAUUCUUCGAAUUUGAGUUUUUUGUCCAGCCUUAAAUAGUGACAUGAAAAACAAAUAGCAUCAUUUUUAAAAAAAAAAUCUAGUAAAACUUAAAAGUUAAAACAAUAUUUUAUUUGUUUUGUUCCAAAUCAUGUAUACAAUUAUCAAUAAAUAAAAAUCUCAACAACCUUAUCUAUCAAAAAUAUAUGUUAACAAAUUCUUGAAUUAUAUUUGCUUUUUAAAUCGUAAAAUUAUUUUGCUAUAAACAGUUUACAAAGAGAGGCACAUGUACCAAGAGUGUAAACCCUAACGUUAAAACUGUUGGAUGUGUGUUAUUCUGAAUUUAGGGUUUUUCUUACAUUUAUGUUCUGCUAGUUAGAUCGCAGAACAAUUAUGGAGAAGCAAUCAAGAAAGAAGAUCACUUGGACGAUUAAGAACUUCUCAUCUUUACAAUGCCAGAAACUUUGUUCUGAUCCAUUCGUUGUCGCUCGUUGUAAAUGGCGUCUUUGUACCUAUCCCAAGGGAAAGAACGUUGAUUACUUGUUUCUGUUUCUUGAAGUCGCCGAUCAUGAUUCACUGCCUUGUGGAUGGAGAAGAAACGCCCGAUAUUCCCUAACUAUAAUCAAUCAAAACUCCGUAAAACGUUACAGACAAAACGAUGAACAAAAGUGGUUUGAUGAGAAAACUCCCCGUAGGGGUCGUGUAUCGAUGUUCCCCCUUAAUGAAAUCCAUGCCAAAGAGAGUGGAUAUUUGGUAAACGGAGAACUUGAGAUUGUUGCUGAGAUUGAGGUUAUUGAAGUUCUUGGAAAGUUUGAUGUAACAGAGGAAACUUCAACAAUAACAGAAACCAUGGAUGUUAAUGGCUUUCAACUUCUUCCUUCACAGAUGGAACUUGUGAGCCAUUUGUUAAAAAGACACCCAGAUAUUGCAUCUGAUUUUAGUACAAAGAACCCAAAUCUUAGGACGGGUUACAUGAGCUUGCUACUUAGUCUUAUUGAAACUCUGCGCCAGUCGCCUCACCAGCUCUCCUACACUGAUCUGGUCGAGGCAGAUGCUGCUUUGGAAUCCAUGACAAACGCUGGAUUUAAAUUGGAUUGGUUGGAGAAGAAAGUUGAUGAGAUGGCUGAGAAGAAGGAGAAAGAGGAGGGUGGUGAGAUUCGAGUGCGAGAAAUCGAGGAAGAGUUGAAGGAUUUGAAGCAGAAGUGCUCAGACUUGGAAGUUCAGCUGGAGAAGGAAAAACUAGAAUUGUCGGCUGCAAAUGCUCCUAUCUCAUUCGAUGAUGUUAUGUAAUGUUUUUGAGUUCGCUGCAGGUACUUGGAGGUUUUUAUUUGGUGUUCUUACUCGUUUUCAAUCUUGGUUCUGUGAUGUUGUUUGGAUAAUGAAGUCAUCAGUGACUUAAGUCAAAGCUCUGCUUCUUACAUCUGCUGCGUUUAUCCCAUUGUUUUUGCGAAUAAACGGUUUAAGCUAGGUUACUUGAUGACAAAGUAAUUUCUAUGUGUCCGAGCACAGUGUUGUUUAGGGCUGGGCAUAAUAUUCGUACCAGCUGGCCUGAAACCGACUCGAAAAUCAGGAUAUCGAAUCCGAUCGAAUCCUGCCUAAAUAUCCAAAAAUAUUCUUUUUUGAAACCCCAAAAAAACCAAAAAGAA